AUCCAAUAUGGCCGCAGAAAUGGUAAAAGUUUUAGAUGGUUUGCAAAAUUUAAGAGUAUUUCCGUCUGUCUCACAGGCAUUUAACUCUGGAAAAUGUCAUAUUAGUGUUCGUGGAAUGAAAAAAGUUGGUUUAAAGGUGAAUUCGUCAGUCCGCAUUAACAUUAAAUCAUGGCAAUUCUACUGCAGUGUCUGGCCAUGUGCAAGUGUGAAUUCCCCAGAUUUUAUCCAAAUUGAUACAAGUGUAGUAUUUAAUACUGAUACGUUUCCUGAAGUUGAAAACUUACGUGGAUGUUACUUGGACAUAUUUACAAAUAUUACUCCUCUUCAAACUUUGGUGGCAAAAGUUGUCGAAGUUGUUGUUUUUGUAAGAAGUGAACAACUAAAUAUUUCACCUCGGCUUAUUUUUGAUAAACUCAGAAGAGAAUCUCAGGUCAGAUGUGUACUACAGGAUAAAGUUUUUACAGAACAUUGCUGGGUUUAUGUGAGAGAAUGUCACAAUUGUGGGCUGCAAUUUACUGAGGAAAUUGAUAGAAUAUUUAUAAAUCAUGUUGAAUGUUGCAAUUACAAUUCUGAGGAAAAUUUUGCAAGCGUGAUUUCUGCAGGCACAAAAAUUGUUAUUAAAAGAAUUCAGAGAUACCAACCUAAAGUAAUAAACAAGAAAGAAAUAUGUUUAUCUGCCUAUGGAGAUAUUGUGACUCAGAUGAAAGAUACAGUGUUUUUAUCACACCAGCAAGAACAGUUGCAUGUUGAGGGACCAAGAGGAUUCCUAUUGUUGGGACCACCAGGGGUUGGCAAAUCAUCACUUGUUUUGUAUCUCUCUGAACUUUGGGAAGCAGAAUUGCUGGUUUUGAAUGGUGCUGACAUCUUUGGUGCUCAUAUAGGACAGAGUGAGAAAAAUUUGAGGAGAAUAUUUCAAACAGCUAGGGAAACAUCAAAGCAUGUGACAUGUGUGUUAUUUAUUGAUGAGAUUGAUGUGUUGUGUCCUAGUCGAGGUCAGGGUGAUAAUGUUGAAAAUCGUGUGGCGUCGCAGUUAUUGACAUUAAUUGAUGGGAUGUUUAAUGAGUCCAAUGUCAUAUUAAUAGCAGCAACUAACAGGCCUGAUUCUCUGGAUCCAGCUAUUAGACGACCAGGAAGACUUGAUAAGGAGUUUGUUAUAGGUGUACCAAGCUAUGAGGAAAGAAUGGCAGUGUUAACAAGCUUAACAUGCAAUCUUAGUUUAUCAUCAGAUGUUCAGCUGGAAAUACUUGCUAAACAAUGUCUUGGCUAUGUUGCAGCUGAUCUUACAGCAUUGGUACGACAAUCCAUAAUAAAUACAUUUACAACAACUUCAAAAAACCUUCCUGCAGAUGAAAAUACCAGAUGUGUAACAAUGGCAGAUUUUCAGAGAUCAUUUAGUACAAUUGUUCCAUCAACAUAUAGAGGAUUGGAUGGCAUAGUUGAGUCUGAUCCUGUGGAUUGGCAAGAUAUUGCAGGCUAUGAUCAAGUUAAACAAGCUCUUAGACAAGCAGUAGAAUGGCCUUUCCUAUAUCCAGAAGCAUUCUCGCGGCUUUCCCUAACUAUGCCUCGUGGAAUAUUGUUGUUUGGACCACCAGGAUGUUCGAAGACUAUGCUAGUACGUGCAGCAGCAACAUCUUGUCAUUGUACCUUCAUAUCCCUAAGUUGUUCCCAGUUGUACUCGCCUUAUGUUGGUGAUGCUGAACGGAUGAUAAGAGAAGUAUUCACUAAAGCGCGUGCUGCGGCUCCAUCCAUCUUAUUUCUGGAUGAAGUUGAUGUAGUUGUAAGAAAGAGAUGUGUGGAUGAAAGUGGUGAAGUUCAGGCUAGAGUGUUGUCUACCUUGCUAAAUGAAAUUGAUGGAGUUGGAAUAUCUAGUAAUAUUUAUGGGACAAUGAAUCGGAAUUACAGUGAAACCAACACACAGCAGAAGAAUAUUUUGUUUGUUGCUGCUACAAACCGUCCAGAUGUGUUGGAUGAAGCCAUCAUGAGACCAGGGCGAGUGGAUCGUGUUGUAUAUGUACCUCAUCCUGAUAGAGAAACAAGGCUGAAAAUAUUAAAGUUGUAUUGUGAAAAGAUUCCAAUUGCAGAAGAUGUUAAUCACAAUACGAUAGCUGACCAAACUCAUCUUUUCUCUGGAGCAGAUUUGAAAAACUUAUGUCGUGAGGCAGCUCUCAAUGCUUUACAAGAUUUUGGUGUUGAGAAAUGUCGUCAAGUUGAGCAGAAACAUUUCCUUGCAGCUCUCUCUACCGGCUCACCUUCACUGUUUCUUGAGCAAGUCACAUCAUAUGAAACUAUGGCUACGUCUUGGUGAAAAUUAAAUAAACUGUGGAUUGAUUUGUGGAAUUUAUGGCGCUUCUUUGCUGGGUUUAAUGGUACUUUAUGAUGAUGGUAUAACGUUAAUAUUGACAUAUAGUAUACUGGAAAAAUACUAUACUGUAUAAACCUAUUGGUUAUUAUUAUUGGAAUAUGGAAAUAUGGAUAUAUACUAUACUGGAUGAACUAACUGGUUAUUAUUAUUGGAAUAUGGAAAUAUGGAUAUAUACUAUACUGGAUGAGCUAACUGGUUAUUAUAUUAUUGGAAUAUGGAAAUAUGGACAUAUACUAUACUGGAUGAACUAACUGGUUAUAAAUAUUGGAAUAUGGAAUUCAAACAAGGAAGGUCCACUCUUAAGAAGACGAACCUCAGUGGCUCAGAAAUUAACCUGUAUAUAAAUGUGGAUUUUUACUGACUUCGAGGUAAGAAAUGCUGCUUAACUUAUUUUAUGUUUUGAUGAUAUUACCGGGUGUAUUUCACUGGGUGUUAAACAAACACGAUAUUCAUUACACGACGUCAAAUUAGUUGCAGUUUGUAAGUGUUUUUUUCUCCCAGUUGCGUCAAUUAUUUCCGGUGGAACGUCGUACAAAUGAAUAGCUUUAGAAAUAUUUGAUGCUCUCGCCAGUAAUUUCAAUACGUAUAAAUCUUUGUCACUCACAGCUGAAAACAACUGCUCCGAACAGCAAUACUAUUUAUGACUUCCUAGAUUUUCUAUUUUAAUAUUGACUACACUUUAUAUGGAUCUCUUAAGGCCAUAUUGAUCUAUAACAAUGCACAUUUUUUAAACGAUAAGUGCGUCACUUGGAGACGUGGUAUAUGACGUGGUAUUGUUCAAGAACAUGUACCACCUCUGCAUGAUCUAACCAUGCUUAACUCAGUCAACUGGGAGCGAACACAGAAGAGACUUAACUCUACUCAUAUGAGUUCUGUACAACAUCAGAUCACUUUAAGAUAGCUCUCAUUCAAGAACAUGUACCACCUCUGCAUGAUCUAACCGUGCUUAACUCAGUCAACUGAGAGAGAACGCAAGAGAGACUUAACUCUACUCACAUGAGUUCUGUACAACAUCAGAUCACUUUAAGGUAGCUCUCAUUCAAGAACAUGUUCCACCUCUGCAUGAUCUAACCAUGCUUAACUCAGUCAACUGAGAGAGAACGCAAGAGAGACUUAACUCUACUCACAUGAGUUCUGUACAACAUCAGAUCACUUUAAGGUAGCUCUCAUUCAAGAACAUGCAUGUGGUACAUUUACCCGUUGAUCAAACUCUGUUUUUUUUCUUGCAUAAAAAUAAGAAGGACAGACUCAAAACCGAGCGUGGAAACGCUAUAUUUUCUGAAAAUCUGCCGUAUAGAAAUACAACCAUUCAAAUCUGGUCAGUAAGAUAUAAGUUAUAACUCCACCUUGGGCGAAAAGUGGUUUGUCUCUGCUGAACGAAUCUCAAACGACUGGUUGCUUUGUUCUACGGCUGUAAUAUUUCCGUGCCUUCCACAUCUUAUACAUUUUUACUAUUUUACAUAGAAUGAUAGGUUGUAGCAUUACUUGUGUAUUUUAAGGUUAGGAUAAGAUAUUGGGUGCCAAAUCUCUUGGGAUAUAAAUAUAGCAGAAUAUCGUUGACAUUGCAUGGGUCACACCAAUACAUUUACCAUACCAGCAUCCGAGUUUAUUUAACAAAGAUUAUUGGCACAUACUUUAGCGAUCGUAAACAAGUUUUUAUGCUGAUUUAAGACUCUUUAACAAUUAACAUAUGUGCCGAAAAUCGUAUGACACGGCUGGAACGUGACUGAAAAUUGAGCUACAGCUAGUCAGGGCUUUUUACUUAUAAGAACAUGUUUCUGGAAGUUAUUUGCAGCGACUGAAUAAAAACGAAAUGAAGAAUCCCAGAUAAAUAUUUUUAUUAUAUAUAGUUUUGAAUCAAAAUAAAAUAUCCACAAAUACACAUGACCUUCAGGCUUCGUGAGAGAAGUUGGAAGCUUGCCGGCCCCGACGAGAGCCUCUUUAUUCUAUAUAUUAUUGCGAUAUUGCUUGCUCUGCCUUUUUACUUGUUUUAUUUAUUAAAGUAUGAUUAAUGUAAUAAUGCGCGAUCAUUUGGGAGCAAACCUGUCAUGCAUUACAUAAAAGGGAGAAAUAUUUCUAAAUUGGUGAAUAUAUAGCUACAUUUAAGCAAAGCCGUAUACAAGAAAAAUGUUUGUCACUUUGUCAUUAACCCACUUCCUUCCCGGGCUUAAUUUUUCUGUUUUAAGAUGCAUACAUGCAUGCAUCAGGCUCGUGCAUUACACGUGCAUGUAUAUGAUUCGGUCCAAUACUUGGAAAAAUGACAAUUAUAAGGUGGUAAAAAUAUUCCUAUAUAUAAGUAUUUUCAUAUUAUGACUUUUUUCCGAGCAAAAUUCAGUGGUAACAGAUGUAAUUGUUUUGGUUUUUUAUUCCAAUAUACAAACCUUG